AUGGAUUAUAAUUAUGAACCUUACCAACCACCUUACUCGCCCGCACCCUCAACAUUACCACCGGCACCCACUAGAACACCACCACCAAAUUCAUUUGCACCACCAAACCCUUCCACUGCGAUCUUUAACGCUGUCGUACAAAAUAACGUCGGGCUACUUAGUUCUAUACUAAAUAAAACCUCUUUUGACUUGAAUAAUUUACGAAACCGGGAUGGCAAGACACCUUUAAUGGUUGCCGCUUCCGAAAACUGUUUCGAUGUGGUUCGUUUUUUAACGAAUAUACAAACUGUUAAGUUGGAUUUACAAGAUAAUGACGGUGAAUCCGCUUUAUAUCAAGCUGCCUCCAAUAAUAGCAUCGAGUCUGUAGAAAUUUUAAUUAGUGCAGGCGCAUAUGUGGAGUCUGGUAAUAAGGAAAAUAUCACACCGCUUAUCAUAGCUGCUUAUAAUGGUAAUGCUACCGUGUGCGCUAUAUUAUUAGAUCAAGGUCAUGCUAAUGUAAAUCAAAAGGAUAGUUCAAACAAGACUGCGCUUACUCUAGCUGCAUAUGAAGGUCAUUCUGAAGUUGUCAAAGUGUUGUUGGCUAGAGGUGCCAAUGUGAAUAUGACCGAUCAGUUUGGUUGGACUCCAAUGAUGCUCGCUGCAUACGCAAAUCGUGUUGAAGCAUGUCAAAUAUUGUUAAUGCAUAAUGCUGAUAGACAAGUUGCUACAAGUAAUGGCAAAACGGCUGCUGUACUUGCACGUGAUGCAGGCUAUUUCCAUAUAGCUGAUAUGAUUGAGAAUUUUGGAGCAGAUCCUUUAAGAUCACCUUAUGGAAUGUCACAGAAUAGUUAUAAUAGCAAUGCGCCGCCGAGUCAUCAAGUCAAUUAUGAUAAUGCGCCUCGACAUCGACAUGUACCCCCUCAAAAUAUCUCAAUAACUGACAAUAAUUUAUACAGCGAUCCUUAUUCUGUUCGAGGUCAUAUGAUGCCACUUGAACGUAGAGACACAAGACGGGUCGCACUUCAAGCUAAGAAUGCGGAAAGGCGUCGAUCGGAGUACUUGAAUCUCAAUGCUAAUAAAGUGGGACCUCGUGCUGGUGAGCUCAGAACAGCACCUCAUGUAAAACAGGAUAUGAGGCCAAGAGAUGAUGGAUCGCCUUGGGUUAUUUUCUCAUUGAUAAUCACAGGAUGUUGUUGCAAUCCUUGUUUAUCAAGCAUUGGCAAAAUGAAAGAUCCAAACAUUCGACAGGCUUGGCGAGAGAAAGUGGCGCUCUGUUUUAUCAUUCUUUGCAUUUCUGGCUUUAUGGGAUUUUUGACCUUUGGAUUAUCUACAUUAGCCUGUCAGAAAAAAGUGCCUCUUUACCCUCAAGAUAUUCUACGAUUAUAUGGACCACAAGUUCCUGGACAGAAAGUUCAUAUUAUUCGUGGUAAACUUUACAACACCGGUGUCUAUUUCUUGUCUGGUAGUCAUAGACCUAUUGCUCCUUUAAGUGACGCUGAUUUAGCUCCAAUCAUUACACCAUUAUUUGGUAGCGAAAUAAAAGAUUUCUUUCCACCUAAUUACAAAGGCCUGGGAUGUCAAAGCGUGCCCAAAAAUACUAUAUGUCAACAAGGCGAUCCAAGAUAUCAUUGUCAUACUUCACUUGCUUCUCAAAAACAGUUAGAGAAUCUCUUUAUGAAUCUAUUUGUCGGAUUUACCUGGACAAAUAUAACAGACGGAGACAGUAAAUUAUUUGUAUACAAUGGAGAUGUCUAUGAUUUGACUCAAUAUCUCGAUCCACAAAACUCCGAUUAUUGGCUUGGUGAUGGCAAUACUACUCAAUGGUUACGAACACUUGUUGGUCGGGAUGCAACUAAAGACAUUGUUCGAAGUCCAAAUUCCACACAGCUUGCUAAAUGCUUUGAACAUUUUAAAGUUGGACAAAUUGAUGGCACAACGAUUGGAUGUUUCGCCACGAAUCUAAUUUUAAUCGUAAUGACCGUAAUAUUCACUGGAAUUACCUUAAUUAAAUUUGUAUCCGCUAUGACUUUUGAUUGGUUUUUAUCGCGACAAUUGGGUAAAAUUUCAAAGAAACCCAAACGGGAUGAUGCAAUCAGUCAUAUACUUUUACUGGUCACUUGUUAUUCCGAAGGCGUGGAAUCUAUGCGAACUACUCUUGACUCAUUAGCUGGAACUGAUUACUCGGAUCGUCAUAAGUUACUUUUCGUAAUAGCGGAUGGUGACAUUACAGGCUCUGAUAACGAUAAAUCGACACCACAAAUCUGUAUUGAUUUAUUAGAAACACAAUUCCCGGAUGCCGCAGAACCAGAACCAAUGUCCUAUAUCGCAAUUGGUGAUGGUAUGAAACAACACAAUAUGGCAAAAGUAUAUACCGGUUAUUAUAAUGUUGGAAAUCAUCAUGUACCAAUGUGCUUGAUCAUUAAAUGUGGCACAGAGGAAGAAAGGAAAGGUCCGAAAGCGGGUAAUCGUGGUAAACGUGAUUCGCAAUUAAUUCUGAUGACUUGGUUAAGUCAUGUGUACUUCAAUGAUCGAUUGUCGCCGUUGGAAUUCGACCUAUUCCAAAAAGUGCGUGGUUUGACCGGCGUGACUCCCGAUAAAUAUGAUAUGGUUCUGAUGGUGGACGCUGACACUUUGGUUAAACCGGAUAGUGUUAGCUUUAUGGUUGCUGCAAUGGAACGCGAUCCAAAAGUGAUGGGGCUUUGCGGUGAAACUAAAAUUGCCAAUAAAACUGCUAGCUGGGUAUCAAUGAUUCAGGUUUUCGAGUAUUAUAUUUCUCAUCAUCUUGGAAAAUCUUUUGAGUCCAUUUUUGGUGGUGUCACAUGUUUGCCCGGUUGUUUCUGUAUGUAUCGUAUUAAAGCGCCAAAAUACGACGGUUCUUCAGUUCCGAUUCUAUGCAAUCCAGAUAUUGUCGAGAUGUAUUCUUCAAACACUGUCGAAACCCUACAUCAAAAGAAUCUCUUGUUGUUGGGUGAAGAUCGUUAUCUCACAACCUUGAUGUUGAGAACAUUCCCAAAACGCAAAAUGAUUUACGUACCUAAAGCAAUAUGCAAAACCGUUGUCCCUGACGAAUUCAAUGUUUUACUUUCUCAACGUCGUCGAUGGAUCAAUUCCACUAUUCAUAAUCUCAUGGAACUCAUUCUCGUCCCUCAAUUAUGUGGUAUCUUUUGCUGUUCUAUGCAAUUCGUUAUUUUCCUCGAAUUAGUCGGAACUGUGGUAUUGCCUUCUUCGCUCUUGUUUAUGAUAUAUCUCGGAAUUGUUGCGGCCCAAGGUCAAAAUGUAUUAUUACCAUUACUGUUCAUCGCGGCAACUUAUUUCCUUCAAGCUUUCUUGAUCGUCUUUACCUCACACAAACCCACCUAUAUUCUGUGGAUGAUGGUUUUUAUAUUUGCAAUGCCUGUUUGGAAUUUCCUUUUGCCUUUAUACGCUUUCUGGCAUUUCGAUGACUUCUCAUGGGGUGCGACUCGUAAGAUUGCGGGCGUUGAUAAUGGUCAUGGAGAUGGAGGUGGAAAUGUCUUUGAUCCAAACAGUAUUCCAAUGAAGAGAUGGAACGAAUGGAUGCUUGAAAAUAAAACAAAAGAAUUACCAGUAUAUUCACCAUCAUCAAUACCAGGUUAUAAUAAUAACGAUAAUAAUUUUGGUCCACCUAGCCCAGGGAUGACGAUGGGCAAAAAUGAAUAUAACGAAUAUAGCGGAAGACCAAUGGGUCCAAGGAAUCUCGGUGGACCAAGAUAUUGA